CGUUAGCCCGCCAGGUGGAUAAUGACAUCGUCAUGUCAACAUGAUCUGAUUCAGAGUGGUUGGAGUUGCAGUGUUUUAUCUUUUUUCCUUCGUACUUAUCCACAAAGAGGUUUUUUGCCAUCGAGAGCAUCGAUGUAGGAUGGCUGAAAACGCCUUUGACACUUCUCAGACUAAAUGUCCUGAUAUUACCGAUAGCGUGGUUAAUUCUGUUGCUGCUGUGGUUAAAGAGACACCGGGGGAUCAGGAGAAAGAAAUCCGACGUCUUCAGUUUGAAUUGGAUGAGGCAAGAAGCCUUGCAGCUGUUGCAAAUUAUUCCUUAGAAGAAUCAAUUGAAACAGAAAGGAGAAAAUGCCAGGAAGAGGUAGCAACAUUACAACAAUUGAUGAAAGAAAACAUUGAAGAAGCUGUUCGUGAAACCCAAGAACACAGUGAAGGAGAAAUCCGCAGACUAAAAAAUAUAGUCACUCGUUUAGAACUAGAAAUACAUGAAUUACGUACUUCUUCAGAUAGAGACAAUCCCAAUGUCUUUUCGGCAGUAACAAAGACACUUGCUCGUAAAGUGGGUAAUUUAACCAAUCCUAACAUAUUAACAUCACAAACACCGCCCCAAGUUCCCCUUGUGACUGCUUCAUCAACUGACUCAUCUGGAGAUGACUAUCUAGAGCAGAGCAUGAAAAGAGCUCAGGAAGAUGUAGAAGUCUUGAGAUCUUUGGUUCUCCCUUUAGAAGAAGAAAUCAAGGCUUUGAAAGAUAAAUUAAGAUACACUGAUGAGCAGUUGAGGGUUUAUGAGAGCAACCAGGCUGAAUUGGUUCGUGGCUCCGAAUUACUCAAUAAAAUUGCAGAAGAUGAAUCGUUGGAAUCCGCCAUAGCUGAUUUGAUCUCACGAACUGAACUACACACCCAGGAUCAAUUAUCUCAACGAGACUUUGGUUUAUUUCUUGCGAUUCUUAAUGCCCAACGAACCACUCUCCAGGAGGAGCGUGAGCGUUUGAGGUCUCAGAUGCAAGAAACUUGUCAGUUGCUUGAACAGGAACGUCGCCAUCAUCGGGAGUUGCGCCGUUCAUUGCAGAAAAACAAUUUGCAUCCUACAUCUCAAAACAUGAUGGAUUGCAACAAAGACGUCUCAAAAGGCUUCCCUAUUAAGGACAGAAUUGGACCUUUAAUCAGCCGGAUUUCCCCCGUUCUUAAACGAAAAUCGUCAGCUCAGUCACCUUCUAAGGAAAUUUCAGUUGACUCCUAUGUCCUUGAUUCCUCAACAUUUGGGAUUCCAGAGGUGGCUUCUACCGCUAUAAAAAAUUCAACAAAGGAAGAGAUCGAGAACAUGUCGUCCUGUAGCGUCGACAGUAAUUUGACCUCAAGCGAGGGUAGCUUCCUUCAAGCAAAUGAUGAUCAAAAUGUUAUACGAUAUACAGUGCUUGAAGCUGAUUUACAGCAGCUGCAAGAAGAAAAAGCACAGGUAGAUAAGCAGUUGAUAAAAGCCCGGGAGGAAUCGCAGAUGUUGUCAGAGCUUAUCAAAGACAUGGAACAUAAAUGGACUGAAAUGGCAAAGGAUUACGAAAAACAAGUGGACUCGCUUUUCGGUAAUAUUGAGGAUCUUCAAGGUCAGUUGAAGAGUGUGACUUCCGCUUUUAACAAAUUUCGCAAUCAAGCCCAGGAAACAUUGCGGCAGCUUCAAUUUGACCGGCAGUCGGUCAAUACCGAACUAGUCAGGUUGCAAGAAGAGAACGAUUUUCUUGUAGGCAAGCAUAGCCUUCAUGCCGAACAAUUGCAGAAUGAAAUGAUUAAUCUACCCGACAAUUUGCAAGAAUUGCAGUAUGUUUGUCUGAAUCUCAGAGAAGAUUUCAUUGCAGCUAAGGUAGCCAAAGAAGCAUUGGAGAGAAAAUGGAAGAUGGAGAUUCUAGUACUAAAGAACCAGUUACUUAGCGAGCAGCAAUCAAAGGAGACGCUGGAAAACUCUCUUACAGGGGAAAUCGAUUACCUAAGGGAACAACUAGGCCUCAUGCGCAGCGUUCAAACGCAGCUCGAUGAAGAGAGUAGUCGCAAAGCCUCAUUGGAAGUAGCCCUACAACAAGCCAAAGAGCAAUUAGCUGAGCUAAAGAACCGUGCUUCCGAAUCUGUGUCGUCAAAGGCCAAAAUGGAAAAUGAAAUUCAACAAUUAAGAAAUCGCGUCACCUCCCUACAAGCAGACUUGGAAACGUCAGAAGCGGUCCAGCGUGACUUUGUUCAGUUAUCACAGCAACUGCAGGUACAACUGGAAAAGAUUCGCCAAUCAGAAAAGGAACUUCGGUGGCAAUAUGAAGAGGAUAUCGAUCAGUGUGCUGAGUGUCGCCAAACAUUCGGAGUCGCCAAACGCAAACACCAUUGUCGUCACUGCUGUCAGAUCUUUUGUGGCGAUUGCUUACGCAAGACCGUUACAAGCGGGCCCAACAAAAGGCAGUCUCGAGUCUGCAAUGUAUGCUUUUACCUCUUGGUACAAGAGAGUGCUCCAUUUUUUAGUUCCGAGCCUCAGCCAUCUAAUUGAUAAUCAUAACACGCCAAUCCUUUAUCGUUUGUAAAAUUUGUGAUUUUAUUGUCACUUUAGGUCUCCCGUCAUUCACCACUGUUUUUUUAGAAUUACUAUUACUAACAUUGCCGUAAUUUCAGAAAGAUCGCUCAUCGUGUGUUCCAAUUAACACGAUAAGUGACGGACGCGAUAGAUCAUCGCUAUAAGUAAAAAUUGUUUGGUUAAUUUGACUAACAGAUAAAAGGUUCAAAACAUCAA